AUGAAUACGCCACGAGCCACAACGCCAGAUCAAUCUCAUCAAGAGAUCAAAACUCCAGACACACCACGUUGGGGCUUUGCCGACCCAUGGGAACCAUAUCUGCGCCGUUCUUCUCGCAUCCAAUCCCAAUCAUCAUCAACAGCGACAACAAAAACAACGAUAGAUCGAAAGACAAAUCGCACUCCGUCUCCCGCAAACUCGAGGUCCGCUUCUGCUCCUCGGUCACCUCGCUUUACCGUCACUAGAGCGUCACCACAGAAACGACCUGCAAUGGACCUCAAUGAGUUACCCGUGUCACCCACUAAGAAGCAUGCACCAUUGAAGCGUGACGGUGCCUCUUCUACCAUGCUUUCUGGCGACGCGGGUUCCUCGUCGCUUUUGGGUCCUCCUAACGCUCAGAAGAAGGCACCUCACAUGGUCAUGGGUCGCACCGACAUUUCCGAACAAACUGGAAUGUUGCCUACUCCGAGCAAGACUCCCAGUCGCAAACACUCCAAGCAGCUACAGGCUGACAUCAACGCUGUCUCGCGCAAUCUCUUCAAUGACGAUGACAUCAUGCCUCAACCCAGGACCAAGCGCCCGACUAAGUACUCUGGCAUCUCUAUGGGUAGCUUCACUGCAGUCGAAUCUGAAGAUCCGAUCGAUAUCUUCACCGACUCUCAUGACAGGAUACCUGUGGUUGACGAUGACGCCGAGAAUCCCUUUGUGGAUGGCCCUUCACAAGGUCGGUCGCAGAGGCUUGCUGCGCGCCAGCGCCGGAAUGAGGACUUGGUGGCCAGGACAAGUGACGCCCAGGUUCACCUUGCGGAAGGCGGUGUAAUUUCGCUGAAGGAGGCUCGGGAACGUUCUGAGGAAGGCUUUAUUCAAGUUUUUCGAGGCAAGCGCAUCUUCCACCAGGAUGCUCGUGGCAAGAAGCUCAAGGGAAGGCUUCUGUUCGCCUCAGCUUCAGCUGCAAAGCCAAAGUCUCCCUCGAUCGUCGACGAAGACGAAGAGGCAGAGACCGAUAUUGAAGAUCACAUCGAUAGUCAAGCGGAGAACAAGCUUGAGUUGGAUGAUGAGAUUCCAGCAGAGCACUCAUCAAGCACUACCAUCAGCAACGAAGGAGGCCUCGCAACGCCGAAAGUCAAGGUUGACAAGAAGGUGACUACGCCAAUCGCUCCAGCUGCACCUCAUUCGCCUCCUGCAACCGGUCGUCUCUUACGUUCCUCGCGCAGGAGCGCAGAAGAGACACCGGUGCAUAAGCCACGCAAGCCGAGCAGCCCCUUUGACGGCUGGGCGCGCGUUAAGGGCAGUAUUGAUACCCGUGCCACUUCAUCCAAGCGACCCGCAACUCCUACGUCGCCGCGCCCCGAUGCGAAGCGAGCACGGUUCUAA